AUGACCAACCGCAGCUCCAUCACCCACUUCCUCCUCCUGGAGUCUGCAGACACGAGGGAGCUGCAGCUCUUGCACUUCUGGCUCUUCCUGGGCACACGAACGGGCCUCAUCCCCCCUGCCAUACCCUGUGACUACCGUCUCCACACCGCCAUGUACUUCUUCCUCCUCAACCUCUCCCUCGUCGACCUGUGCUCCAUCUCCACCACUCUUCCCAAAGCCUUGGCCAAUUCCCUGUUGGACACCAGGGCCAUUUCCUAUGCAGGAUGUGCUGCACAGGUCUUUCUGUUUCUCUUUCUCACUUCAGUGGAGUUUUGUCUUCUCACUGUUAUGGCCUAUGACCGCUAUGUUGCCAUCUGCAAACCCCUGCACUACAGGACCCUCCUGGGCAGCAAAGCUUGUGCCAAAAUGGCAGCAGCUGCCUGGGGCUGUGUUUUUCCCUAUGCUGUGGUGCACACUGUCAAUACAUUUUCACUAACUCUCUGCCAAGGCAAUGCUGUGGACCAGUUCUUCUGUGAAAUCCCUCACAUCCUCAAGCUCUCCUGCUCAGAUGUCUACCUCAGGGAGGCUGGGCUUCUUGUGGUUAGUGUCUGUUUUGCAUUUGUUUGUUUUAUUUUCAUUGUGUUGUCCUAUGUGCAGAUCUUCAGGGCCGUGCUGAGGAUCCCUUCUGAGCAGGGACGGCACAAAGCCUUUUCCAUGUCUCUCCCUCAUCUGGCCGUGGUCUCCCUGUAUGUCAGCACUGGCACGUUUGCCUACCUGAAGCCUCCCUCCCUCGCCUCCCCUUCACUUAACCUGGUGAUGUCUUUUCUCUACGCGGUGCUGCCUCCAGCAGUGAACCCACUUAUCUACAGCUUGAGGAACAAGGAGCUCAAGGAUGCCCUAUGGAAACUGAUGACAGGUUGCUUUUCAGAAGAAUCAAUGAACUGCCAAUCUUCUUCUGCAUAUCACUCAUAA